AUGUCAAACUCUGCUACUGAGCCCACAUCGUCGGUUGCACCGUCCUUACCCCCGCUGGAGACGUUCAUCGAUCGCCGAAACCCUCAACCCAUUUCUCUAAACUUGGGGUUCAACCGGUUCCGAUGGCCUGCCUUUGCUUCGCUCUAUGAGAUCAAAUUGCUCCGUGACCCAACCAAUGCGGACUCUGAACAGGACCCGUACCAAACCCAGGCUGGAGAGGGUACUUCCUCGCUACACCCUAUUGCCAUCGAAUUGUACACCGAUCCUCCCAUAUCCUCGUUGAAGGCUUCAAUCGACCUUCUCGACCAUUAUGGCAGUCGCGAUGCGUGGGAAGACCUUCACACGGUAGAUCGCCCGGAAGAUGACACUGAGGUGCCAUGCGAAUGCUGCGGUCGGAUGCCGUAUCGACCCCCAGAAUCACUGAUUAUCCGCGCAACCUCGGAUGCUGGCGUGACCAUCGGAGACAUUGUCUUCCAGGUGAACAAGUACGUGAAUGACCUGCAAAAGGAUGUUCUCGAGGCCCUGGAUGCUGUUGGAGAGUAUGCCGGCCAGAGAAGCCCGAGCCACUCUUUCUGGACUGAGUUCUGCAUCAACAACAUCGGUAUCAAAGAAGCGCGGUCUUCUGAAGAACUGGAAAAGAACUAG